AGCCCACACGGCGGGCACCGGGCGGGAGGCCCCUUCCAGCUGCGGCUGGGCGCCCAGAGGCCCGAGGACAGAAGGAUUCCAGAUUUCAGGAAGACCUAACCUUGUACCUGCAUGCCUACUCCCCUUCUCUCUGGUCCUGUUAGACUCUCCAGCUCUGGAACGCCGACCCUCACUGCUCAGCUAAGGAUCCUGGGGAUUCUACCUUCUCUAAACACAUCCAGCUGAGUAAACCCAGGGUGUUAUUAUACCUGGGGAGAGUAAGAAGUGGGGGGUCAAGGCACCAGAGCAAGAGCCCUCUGGGGCCUCAAGAAGAGAAGUGAAGCUGGAACCAUCAGGGAAUAUGAGUGAAUUUUGGCACAAACUGGGCUGCUGCGUGGUAGAGAAACCCCAGCCGAAAAAGAAAAGACGACAAAUCGACCGGACCAUGAUUGGGGAACCAAUGAAUUUUGUCCACCUGACUCACAUUGGCUCUGGGGAGAUGGGGGCUGGAGAUGGACUUGCCAUGACAGGUGCAGUUCAGGAGCAGAUGAGAUCCAAGGGAAACCGAGACAGGCCGUGGAGCAAUUCUAGGGGCUUAUAGCCCCAUAGGAAUGGUUCUACCGUCUUGAAGCCCCUGCUUUGUGUCCAGUCCAGAAGAAAUGCUGUCCCCACCAGAUCCUUCCUAGAACACAAGGGCCCUCUUUUGCCUAUCUGCCUAAUAGUGCCUCAAAAGGCAUGGGGGCUGGACUCCCUCUACUCCCUCUGGCCAUAGCCCCUCCUGGAGAUGGGGUCAAGGCAGCAGGACUGACCACAUGACUACUGUUUGGCCAGAGGAGCUCAGCUGAAGCCCUGGUACUCUAGAUCUGAGCUAGGAGUUCUCUGGGAAUCUGGAAUGAGUUCCCUUCUCCUGAAUGACGUUCUAGGUGCCACUUGUUUUUAAACUCCUGACCCGGAACUCCUUUGAUGGGGUAGGUAGGUGGGAUUAUGCAAGCUGAAGCUGGCUUUGCUGAGAAGCUCCCUACCUUCAUGCCCGUCUAUUUCCUCCUGGAAUUAACUAAAGUAGAUUUCAAGCAGGGGCUGGGUGGUCA